AUGUGUCGACUGGCGGUUGUGUACAAGUCUGGAGGCUUCUACACCGACAUGGAUACCUUGGCUUUAAGAUCAGUCUUGAAUCUCACAAACUUCAUUGCACUCCAAGUUGACGAGAUAAAAAGUUUCAACAACGCUGCCUUCCAUUUCAAGCGCGGACACCCCAUGCUUCAGCUUAUCAUGCAGUUCAUCGCUGAAGACUACAAUGGGAUAAUAUACUCCUGGAACGGUCCGAUCGCCAUAACGAAAGCGGUGGAGCGUUCGGGUUGUGACGCCACCCCGCGCAACGCGAUGGGUCAACCUGUUUCAGAUGAACCACGCCCUUUUUCAUCGGAAACUUCGUUGAAGAUUAUGAAUGAACAUG